GGGGUAGAUUCGAGUUACAAGAUGGCGUCCCGGGGCGCGUUGGGGGCUGUGAUCCCGGCGGUCUCGGGCUGAAGAGACGGCUGUCCCCUCGCUGCGGAGCGCGGAGAGGCGAGGCCCCCGGGGGACAUGGUGUUGGGCUGCCGGCUUGCUGACCACGAAGUCCUCCGAGGCUCCCAGCGCACCGGAAGCGACCGGGCGCAGCGACCGCGACCUCGGCCCCGCUCCGCGCCGCGCCCACGACCCAGCGGGAGCCGCGGCGGCCGCCGGCGAGGAUCCAAAAAAUGGCCAAAAGAAUUGCCGAGAAGGAAUUGACAGACAGGAAUUGGGAUCAAGAGGAUGAAGCUGAAGAGGUGGGGACGUUCUCAGUGGCCAGUGAGGAAGUCUUGAAGAACAGAGCCAUAAAGAAAGCAAAGCGUAGAAAUGUUGGAUUUGAACCAGAUGCUGGAGGGGCCUUUAAAGGAUUUAAAGGCUUGGUGGUGCCUUCUGGAGGAGGAGGGUUUUCUGGCUUUGGUGGAGGCCCUGGAGGGAAGCCCCUAGAAGGACUGUCCAAUGGAAACAGCACAAGUGCCCCUCCGCUCACCGGCACCAAGACAGCAGAGCCCAAGGCGAUCUUUGGUUCUGUGACUGCAAAUGGCCCUACUGCCUUGCUGGAUAAGAAGAUCGCAAAUCCCAAAACGAAUGGCGACAGCCCGCAGCUGCCCUCCGGCCUCGCGGCGAGCGCGUACCACAAGCAGCUGGCGGCCCUCAACUGCUCCGUUCGGGAUUGGAUAGUGAAGCACGUGAACACAAACCCGCUCUGUGACCUGAGCCCCAUCUUCAAAGACUACGAGAAAUACUUAGCAAAUAUUGAACAGCAGCGUGGCGGUAGUAAUUCCGAAAAUGAAAUGAACAGAAUGUCGGCUGAAACGCAGCCUCCUUCCCUGUUUGAUUCAACAAACGCAGGGCAAGAAUCCACAUUUUUGUUUCCUGGCAACAAAAUUGAGGAUUCGUCUGACAAGAAGACGGAGGUCACGUCUGAGAAGAAGGUGGAGACGCCACUGGCAGCGACAAGUGCCUCGUUUAGUUUUGGCAAGAAAGUUGAUAGCUCUGUUUUGGGCUCCUUGAGCUCUGGUCCCCUGACUGGAUUUUCAUUUUCCCCUGGAAACUCCAGUUUGUUCAGCAAAGAUGGUACCCAGAGUAAACCAGCUGCUUCACCAUUUUCCACUAAAACGUUAGAGAGCCAAGCAGAAGGUGGCAGUAAUGAAAGCAAAGGAGAUGAAGAAGAGAAUGAUGAGCCGCCCAAAGUAGUAGUUACUGAAGUAAAGGAGGAAGAUGCCUUUUACUCCAAAAAGUGUAAACUAUUUUACAAGAAAGACAAUGAGUUUAAGGAGAAGGGUGUGGGCACGCUGCAUCUGAAGCCCACAGCCAAUCAGAAGACACAGCUGCUGGUGCGGGCCGACACCAACCUAGGCAACAUACUGCUGAAUGUGCUGGUUCCACCCAACAUGCCCUGCAGCCGGACCGGGAAAAACAACGUGCUGAUCGUCUGCAUCCCCAACCCGCCCCUGGACGCGAAGAGCGCCAGCACGCCGGCCACCAUGCUGAUCCGGGUGAAGACGAGCGAGGACGCCGACGAACUGCACCGGCUUCUGCUGGAGAAGAAGGACGCCUGAGCCCGGCCGCCCCGCCCCCGGCGCCGCCUGCUCCGCUCCUCACAGUAGCCAUCACUUCAGACCGCGUGAGAGGAUUGAUAAGCCAAUAAACCUUGGAACGUUCAGUGUCAAACCGUGUUCUCCCCCCGAGAACCACUGCGUAAAGCCCGCUUGAGUGACGUUUUGGGGAAGAUUUUUAAAUGUUCGUCUGUUAUUAAACUAUCCAUAAGUGA